UAAUGUAUAGUCAUCGUCGUACAAGCGUUUGGCAAAGAAGUUAAUUAAUUGAAAUGACAAAAAAUAUAUAGUGACUGUAUAAUGUAAACUGGUCCAGGAAAACCUUAUAUAUACAGUAUAUAUCAAGUGGUAGCGUCGUUGUCUCACGUAGCACACAGACACUGGAGUCAUACUUGGUGGAGGACGACUUGAUGGGUGUACCUCAACCUCAAGGAUAAACGAGGGUACAAUGAGUGAGUGAGUGUGUGAGGGGCAGCUGCUGACCGACGGUGCCUCACUCCACGCGGGGUUCCUCUGGACGGUGCCUCCCUCAGGAAGUGUUGGUCACCUCCUCUCCCCGCCUACCACCGCCCUCUAAGGCCUCACUCCUGCCGCAGUCUCAACCUAACCCAGCGUUGUGGGUGUUGGUGGUGUGGGGAAGGACAAGGCGAGGCAGAGCAGAGGAUAGCCUAGUGAUGCUAUACUAGUGUGUCUCAGUAAGGAUGGUGUUGUGCGGCGUCAUGGACUGCUUUCUCCAGGCGACGAAAGAGUUUGUGGAGCAAGUGAAUGAGCUGCGACGUUCCCGGAACGUGGGGCCUCUGUCAUGGAACACUGCUGUCAAGUUUCUUAUGGCAAGGAAGUUUGAUGUUACCAGAGCUGUGAGUUUAUAUGAACAACACGAGGCCACAAGACACAGAGAGGGGCUUGUCAAUCUUAAUCCAACCAGUGAUCCUCUCCGGACUGAACUUAGCACUGGAAAAUUCACCAUUCUUCCAUGUCGUGACGAAUCAGGUGCUGCCAUAGCUGUAUUUACUGCCCGUUUACACGACCCACGAGCAACCACCCAACAGACCACACUCCAGGGAGUUGUGUACCAGUUGGAUGCUGCUCUUGAGUCCAUAGAGACACAGAGAUGUGGACUGGUGUUUAUAUAUGAUAUGAGCGAAUCUGCAUAUCAAAAUUUUGACUAUCAACUGUCACAAAAGAUUCUUACAUUGUUAAAGGGUGGGUACCCAGCCCGUUUGAAGAAAGUAUUAAUAGUUACAGCACCACUUUGGUUUAAGGCACCAUUCAAAGUACUACGACUCUUCGUCAGAGAAAAGUUACGAGAUCGUGUUUACACAGUAUCACUGCCAGAGCUUGUAAACCACAUAUCAGGGAAGUGUUUGCCAAGGGAUUUGGGUGGAGACCUCAGUGUGGACCAUAACGCUUGGCUCCUUCGGUGCAGUACCUCCAUGACCAACAGAGACCCGUCAAGCGUGUGUGAGUCAGCUCCACCACACACAUUCCAGUCUGGACACAACCCUUCAGCAGACUGUGACAACAAUAGUACCACCAUGGUUCCAACUGGAGAUCAUGACCCUUCUAGUUCAGUGGAGCAGGUAACACUGUGUGAGUUUAGUGAAGAUGAAGUAAGCUGUUGUGAGAAGAGUUUCUCCCAUGACAGUAAUGACGAGGAUGACCUUGAAGAGGGACACGUUAGAGAGGAGGAUGGGAGGCUCUCUGGCCUUAAUGGUACAGAGGAUGAAGACCCGACAAAUGAGGAGAAACGGAAAGAAGGAGAGAAAGAUUUAAGUCCAUCUUUAAAAGGGGAGUGUUCUCCUGAGCCAGAAAUACAAGACACGGCACACCUCAAUGGUCAUGUCUUACAUGACACGGACCGAAUUAGUGGUAGAGGAUCACCACUGGCCCCACCAAGCAGUGGAAGUAGUGGGUUUAGUGAUGAUGACAGUCUCCACUAUGAUGACGGACGAGGCUUUACGCUAGAGGAAUUUGUACGCCACUUGCGAGACAAGGGACGGCAAGGACUUUAUCAUGACUACGCACAGAUAAAAAGUCGGCCCCCAGAUGGCACCUUUGAAAAUUCAAGGAAAAGAUGGAAUCAAAUAAAAAAUCGGUACACGGAUGUGCUAUGUUUUGACAAUUCUCGGGUGGUGCUUUCGGCAGAGGACGACGACUGUCAUACAGAUUACAUCAAUGCAAACUAUGUUGAUGGCUAUAAACAAAAGAAUGCCUUCAUUUCUACCCAAGGUCCCUUGCCGGGAACCUUUGGGGAUUUCUGGCGGAUGAUCUGGGAGCAGCGAGUGUGUGUUAUUGUCAUGACAACCCGGGCAGUAGAGAGGGGCAGGACCAAGUGUGGGCAGUACUGGCCCGUGGACCAGGAUGGAGUAGUUUCUCACUCUCAUUUUACUAUUACUAAUACACAUGUCUACAAUUACCGCGACUAUACUGUCUCAACAAUCACAAUUCGAGAUAACAGGUCCAAUGAGGAAAGAAAAGUUGAGCAUAUGCAGUUUACAUCAUGGCCGGACUAUGGUGUUCCCGAUUCAGCCAUGGCCAUGCUAGAAUUCUUGAACCAUGUUCGGGAAUCACAGGCACGUCUAACUACUGCUCUAGAAAGUUCUUGGACUGGUCAUCCUUUGGGGCCACCUAUAGUUGUUCAUUGUUCUGCAGGGAUUGGGAGAACAGGCACGUUCUGCACCCUUGAUAUUUGUAUUCGUCGUUUAGAAGAAGUAGGAACAAUCGAAGUGAAGGGGACUGUGGAAAAGAUUCGGUCCCAACGAGCAUACUCAAUCCAGAUGCCUGAUCAAUAUGUGUUCUGUCAUCUAGCGCUGCUGGAGUAUGCCCUCCAUAAUGGAAAAUUAGUUGAGGUUGAUCUCACAGGCUUUGAAGAUGAUGGGUCUGAAUCAGACUGAAUUUUGUCUGUACAAAACAUAUCAGUGACUGUAUUCUAAACUAUGUGUAUCAAGAUAAAAGAAGAAAUGCCAGUCACAAAAAUCAAGGUAUGAUCACUUGUCUUAAGUGACUAUAAUUGUUUGUGUUAGUCAUUUCGUGAAAAAAAAGAGUAAAAUAACAGGACCUGUGGGGGCAUGUUAUGAAGUUUCACUUUAAAUGUUUUUACUAUUUAGAAAGUGAACACUGGAAAGUAACAAAGAUGCAGAGGGCAGACUGUCAGUUUUGUAUACAUGAAAACUAUGCCCACAAAUACUUGGAGGCAGGGUCCUCCCAUAGCUAUUAGGUGCUGCGAGUGCUUUUGUGCGAGUGCUGAUUAUUGAUGUGAGAGAAAUUUGAGUCUGAUAGUGACUGAUGAACAGACAGUGAAAAUUUCUAUUUUACAUAAGCCUUCUCUUUUCUUUGGGAAUGGUGCACAUAUCAGUUGAUGAGAACUAUAUAUAUAAACUCAACAUGGUUCAAGGUUUUCCACCGAAUUCUGAAGCACAUUAUUUUUUGCAAGUGUCUGCAGUGUAUACAUAUUAUUGUGAAAAUGAUAAUUUGACCUGAAACACACUACACACAUUGGCCUUUGUGAAAUGUGGAAAUAACAAAUAUUAAGGGACUCAAUAAUUAUUACCAUUCCAGUAGAGGCAGAGGUGUGUAUUUGGCCACAGUAUGACAUGAUGUAGAACAACAUAGUGCAUUUUAGGUGCGAUGGACUAAGGUACAAAAUAUUUACUGUUUAGGUGCCAAUCAUGAAAUUUUUCACCAAUUUCAAAAUUAGAAUAAUGUGGAGCUCAGUAAGAGAAAUAUAUCAAAAGUGGCUAUGUGUAUAGGAACCACUCCUUUUACUCCACUCAUAGAAUCAUGUGAUAGGUAAGCAUUAAAAAAUAAAUAAAAAAAUAAAUAAAAAAUAAAAAUAUAAAAAUAAAACAUUAAUUAGAAAGUUUCUUUUAUUAUUGGUUUAGUUUCUCUUGCAUACAAGGAAAGAAGGACAGGAGUAAACAAGACAUAAUUGUGUUGUCUUUUUGUACCCAGAUUUUUUAAGAUGUACGCGAGGAGAGAUGCUAUCUUGUAAUCAAAUUAAAGUACAGUAUACAGGUCAAAACUUCAGUGACCGGUAAAAUUUCCAAAAUGGAAAGUUUUCAUUAGUAUAAUGAAAUAUAUUAUGUUUGAGACUGAGCAAUACUGAAAAGGACUCUUCCUUAUGGAGAUGAUCAUGUUCUUGAAAAAAAAGUAACAUCGAACAAUCGGUAAAAUUGCUCUGAAAAUGCCUUUAAGUAAUCAAGGCUCAUGUUAUUAUUUAGUGUUUAUCUGUUUAUAGAUUAUCUCUCCAAGUUAAUGUCCUGUGACGUUUUCACUUGUAACUUGGCAAGUUUGAGUAUAUUGUCUUAUGUGUUUAAAAGUUUUUCAACUACUUGUACAGCAUAUUUUUAUUUUCUUCAAAUAUGAUAUUUUCAAAUGAGUACAGGAUUGGUACAGCAGGUGGUGGCAAUAACUGUCUAUGAAUACCACAGGCAUAAGAUUGUCAGACUAAGAUAAAAUAAGAGUAUAUGACUUAAACAUCCUAGUAGCCUUUUAUAUCUUAAGCUAAAACAUAAAAAGAUGAAGGAAUUAGAGGUAUAAUGCCUGUUAGCAUUUUUUCACAUGUGUGAUAGAUGUAUGUGAUAAAAACAAAAUGGUGGCAAAUUUGUUCGUGUUCACAAAUGAAGGGGGAGGGGGGGGGGACUUACACUCGAGAAUAAAUUUAGAAAGGAAAUGAAAGAUCUUGGUUAACUUCUGUUAGGAGAUAGCGGAAAAGAUUUUAUAUCGGCUUUUUAGUAAGAUACAAACUUUGUGAGAUAUUUAAAUUUAAGAAUUUUUUUCUAAAUGAAUUUGAUAUGGAGAAGUACAUAUCCAAUAUCUUCAGGUAUUACAGAAAUGGAUUGCCUGAACUAAUCAAGCCAUAGGGAUAUACAGUACACCCACCUUCAGACACAUUAUUUCUUUUAAAAAUAAUUAAGAACGGUGCUGAAGCCAAAGUGUAUCCGUCAUGCUGGAUUCGACUUUAAUUUGUGGUAGUAAAGGAUUGAUCUUCUUUGGGAUUUUAAAUUAUAUGCUUAACUAUGUUUAUACCUGGUGUAUCUCCUAAGCAUGAACUGGGGUCCCUGUUGUUAUGAUUGUUGGGAGUUAUUGCAAUUAUCACUGAAGCGAAGAAUCUUGCACUUUGCAUAGAGGAAUCCUUUUUUUUUUUUUUUCGAAAUAAUUUUUUUUUAUAAUUUGAAUUAUUAGUUUGUGCAAAUCCACAAAAAUGCGAUUUUCAGCCUUGAGAAAUGGUAAAGUAAUCUAUGAAAUGGCUCUGUUAAAUAUCUUAAAUAAAAACUUGUAUCAGUGUUUUUAUGCAUUUGUAUAUGUUAAAACAAAUCAAGCACACCACCCCUGGGCUUUCUUCCCAUAUACAUUAGUAUGCCUGAGUAUCCAGUUAAUAUUAAUGUACACAUUGAAAAGUUUAGUUUGGAAGGGAUAUGAAAUUCAGUUUGCUCCAGGAUUGUACACUAAAUGCUGAUUAGUAUACAGUAUACUACUCAUUGCAAAGUGGUAGAAUUACAUUUUUCUAAUUACAGUUUGUGAUUAUCAUGUAACUCUACAUAAGUAGUGUAAUGAAUUAAAGGACAUUAAUAUUAAAACUGACAUUUAUGUAUUAAUAUCUGUAUACAGUUAAGUGUUCUGUCUUGCAUUAUGUUGUAGAAUCAUAUUCCCAGAAAUCUGAUUUAAAAAACUUUUUCCUCAAUUGUUAAGUGUUGGUACAGUGAGUUUACUUUGGUCCUAAGAUACAAUACUAUUACAGAAUCAAAGGCAGUGUGUAUUACUAUACUGUAUGGUGUUUUCAAAUUCUAAGCCUUACCAUUUACCUAGCAACAGGCAGAGGAAUUUUUAAUAGAAUGUGAAUAAAUAAUCCCCCCUACCAUCUAACUAUUAAUCAAGAUACUUGUACACCACAUUGGUGAAAGGAAUAGUAUUAAGGUUAUUAGCAUGAAGGUAUAAAAAAUUAGUUGGUAAUGAAGGAAAAUAUAAUUGUUUACUUGUAUCAAGCCACACUACCUUAUCGUAAGAAAAUAUUGGAUGUACAUCUUACUUUAGAAAAAAAUCACUUAUGUUGCCUGUGAAAAAUUUUAACUCCCCAUUUAUUUGUGUAUAGGAUGGUACAGUAAUUUAUUGAAAGAUGUCACAAUUGUUCAUCUUGGAAAGUGAACAGUUAUUUAAUCAAACUAUACAUGACUAGAACCUUCAGAAAAGUUUACUAUGAUAUGAAUAUUACUUAAGCCAAUUUAAUUUCUUAUUUUUCUAUGUACAUCAUGCAUGUCUAUGGCCCACAUUUAGAGCAUAAUCUUCUCCAAUUAUUUCAACCAUCUCACAUCUUCAGGUGCUCAAGACCUGUCAGAGACUCUCAAAAUAUUUACUGAAGAUUUUUUGAUAUAGGUUUAGCAAUCCCUGAAGUGAAGCAGUUACUGCUUGCUUGCACUGAGAAAAAGAAUGUGUGACCAGUACAAAAAUGUAAACAUUUUACUGAAGUGCCUGUCUGUGGACGUGCACAAACUAAGACAAGUAUCUGGGAGUUUCAUUGUAAAAAGUUUCAGCUUAAUCUCCUUCCAGCUCAGGGUGUAUUCCCCCAAUUUACUUUUCCUUGAUAUUUUUUUAUGAUAGCAGUUAAGUUUUGCCCAUCCCUCUACAUAGUUCUCUACAUACAGGUUUAAGAAUUGAACUCACAAAAGGGUGGAUGAAUAUUCAACACAAAAUUUAUUAUCAAUUAUGAUGCUCUGUUGCGAGUGACCUUUCCUGUAUGGGAAUGUAAGAUAUGCUCAUUGCAUUUCCAUGAAAUUGUAAGGUGUUGAGUUCAUCCCAUUUCUAUCACAUUAUCUGCCAUGCAGAGCCUACCUAUCAAGUUAUCAAUAAUGCUGAUUAAAGGGCUAUAGGUAUGGGUAAAACCUCUGCUGUUUAUCUUGCAAUUGGCAUUUGGUGGUGUACAUGAGGGAGGUAACCUAAAACAAUCUCCCAUAUUGUUGGUAUAUUUGAUUUAACACACUUAAAGAUCAUAUCCAGUGGUGUAAAAUUUCUUUUAAAAUAUAAUGGAGGAACUUUUUCCAGGGCAUGACUCGACAGUUUAUAAUUUGUGUGUAUGGAAUGUUAUUUAAAAUGAGCAGUGUGAGGGCAUAAUGUGCAAGUGUAAAUUGUGUACAUUAGAAUUGAUACAAAUAUAGUUGCUGUUUGUAAGCUAUUAUUGUGUAUAGUGUAUAUACUUUAAACAUACCAUGUAAAUCUUCUAUACACUGAGGGAUUCAACUAAGUUUGACUUAAGUAUUGGGAUAUUUGUUUUCCCAGGGUAUUUAUGUCAUAUGUAUGACCUAUAAUACUAAUGAUUCUAGUUGUUCUAAUGAAUUGGACCUGCAUGGUGCCAUUGUACAUAAUGUUACAGUAAAAGAAGGAAACUGAAGUUAACAGCUGAUAGCAUCCCCAUGACUGUGCUUUGUCUUUAUUGUAAAAUUUAAGCAUAUAUAUCAUUUUACAGUUUUUCUCAUAAAAAAUACUAUUUUUUGAAUGAAAUAAACGUGUGUUAUGUCAAAGAUAAUUUUAACGCUAUUUAUCUUGCUGUAUUGAACUGAAAUUUUUGGGGAACAAAAUUUAGCAUAUCAUGAAAGUUUUACAUGAUUGUCCUUAAAGUAUUUUAAUGUUGACUUUCUAAAAAGUUUCCCUGUUUUGGAUUAUCCCACAGAACUGUAAGUUUAUCAAACCAAGAUGUUUGUUGAUUGUGAAUAUGGGGAUUUACAAAAAAAUAUAAAUAAAAAAUCAUCGCACAACCAGCUCGACAUUACGAGUGUUUGAGUGUCUGACUUGGCACAUCACCAAAGAUGUAACUUUUUUAUAAUACUUUUGUACAUACUAGUCAAAUGUCUUAAUAAAAUCUUCUUUCUAA